CCGGCGGGCAGCGGGGCCGCCUCCUCGCCGAGGGUCGCCCGCUCGCCCUCCCGGGCCAUGGGCAGCCCCUGACCCCGCCGCAGCACCGGAUCCAAAAUGACGGUCAAAGCUGUAAAGAUGCCGUGCACCUCUGCAAACGUUUAUACUAAAGUGCCUGACGGAGGAUGGGGCUGGACAGUCGCUUUUGCGUUCUUUGUUGUGGAAGCCCUGACAUACGGCAUCAUAAAAUCAUUUGGAGUCUUCUUUAACGACCUGAUGGAAAGCUUUGACGAAACCAACAGCAGGAUAUCCUGGAUAAUAUCCAUAUGUGUGUUUGUACAGACCUUCACAGCUCCUCUGUCGACGGUCCUCAGCAACCGCUUUGGCCACCGCCUGGUGGUGAUGGCCGGGGGGCUGCUGGUCAGCACCGGCAUGGUCAUCGCGUCCUUCGCCCGCAGCGUGGUGGACAUGUACGUCACCAUCGGCAUCGUCUCCGGCCUGGGAUACUGCCUCUCCUUCCUCCCGACUGUCACCAUUUUAUCACAGUAUUUUGACAAAAGGCGCUCGCUGGUCACAGCGGUGGCAUCCACAGGGGAAUGUUUCGCUGUCUUCUCCUUCGCACCAGCAAUCACGGCCCUGAAGGAGCAGAUUGGCUGGAGGUACAGCAUGCUUUCUGUCGGGGUGCUGCAGCUCGGCAUCACCGCCUGCGGAUCGCUGCUGCGCCCCAUCGUCAUCAGAGAGCAGGAAGAAGUGAAAGCACAGCCUCCAGAGGAGUCCACGGAGACAAAGUACAUGCUUGAAAACGAGCAAACAUGCACCUCAAUAGAGUCCAUAGACUCAGGAGUCGAUAUAACUACCUCACCCAGCAAUGUGCCUGGAAAAACCAAAGCAGAGCCGAAAAGUGAAGAACCAAAGCAACACGGACAGAAUCCCGUUGAAAAUAACAGCACCCCUCCAGCACCAAAAACCAAACUACUGGACUUCUCUGUGAUGAGAGACUAUAGCUUUAUCUGUUAUGCAUUCUUUGGCCUGUUUGCAACCCUGGGCUUCUUCGCUCCCUCCCUCUACAUCAUCCCCCUGAGCCGCAGCCUCGGCAUCGGCAAGGACCACUCUGCCUACAUCCUGUCAGCCAUGGCCAUCGCCGAGGUCUUCGGGAGGAUUUUUGCGGGCUGGGUUCUCAACAAGAAGCCGAUCCGCAAGAUCUACAUCGAGCUCAUCUGCGUCAUCCUGCUGUCGGUAGCGUUGGUUGCCUUCCCUUUUGCCUCUGGAUUCUGGGGCUUGAUGAUAUGUAGCGUUUAUUUUGGGUUCAUGCUCGGCACGGUAGCGGGCACACAUAUUCCCCUCCUGGCUGAGGACGACGUGGUUGGCAUCGAGAAGAUGUCCUCUGCAGCUGGGGUCUACGUCUUCAUUCAAAGCUUAGCUGGGUUGGCUGGACCACCCCUUGCAGGUGUCUUAGUGGAUACGACAAAGAACUACAGCUCAGCCUUCUACUCCUGUGCUGCUGGCAUGGUCCUGGGGGCUGUGUUUCUGGCCCUGGUGAGGCCAUGCAAGACUGGGCUGUGCCACCAGCAGCAGCAGCAGCAGCAGCAGGUGGAGGAGAGCACGGCAGGGCCACCACCAGAACUACCAGAUGACUUUAUAGACAUGGAUAUUGGAAAAGCAGAAAAUUCAGGAAAAGGCUCUGACAGCGUGGUAUAAAAAACCCUGUUCCUUCUCCGUCUAAUGUACUCAGUGUAAGGCUGGGGGAAAUGUCAGCUCUGCUCCACGUUUUAAAACUCCAUUCUAAAGGGAAUGUGAAAUUUUAAAUGUGAACAGUUGCUACCAACAAUUUUUUUUUUUUUUAACUAUUAGACAGAACUUUUUUAACCAACAAUGGAAAGCUCCAUAGAAAAUACGGAUAGCCACAUAAGAAUAACUUCUGUCUAGCAUGAAGAUGUGAUGCACACUUGCUUUCCUGAUAACAAGCAUAGGUAAAGGUCCAACUGAUCCCAUAAAUACUGACAACAGCAACAGCAGAAGCAGCUCAGCCUCUGUCACCCAUCCCCUACCACAAAUUCCACACAGACCCAAUAAUAUGAACUGGAGAUGAGCAUUUCAUACACCACCAGUAGCCAACUGAAUCUUCUUCUGGAGGGAUACAGACUCACCUUUUAGCUUGGAGGAGGAGGCUAGGCUAGAUAGCUGACAAUUAGAAAGCAUUGCUAAUGAUCUUAACUUGAAUGUCACAAAUGCUGGGAAAUCAAAGGCUCCAUGUGUCUUUAUGGCCAGUUAUUACUGCACAUAUUUCACAAGAUCAUUUUUCUUCUCCCAACUGGGAUCCUUAGAACUGUUUUCUGUUGAUAGUCAGACCUGAUGUACUGUUUCUAAUUUAACUAGUAUUUAUUAAUUUAUUCUGAGAUUGUUAAAGGAGAUUAGCUUAAAUAACUGGAGAGGAAAAACGAUCUUCUGCAUAAUGGAAAGCUGUCUUUACAUCAAUCUCUUCAAUGCCUAUCUUGUAUUGCUUGUGAAAUUGUUGGGAAAAUUACUCUUACAGCAUAAAGUGUAGCUGUUUUUAAUAGGUAAGUCUUAAGUAACCCAGUUAUUUAGAAAGUAAAAAAAAAAACCAACAAAAAAACCCCUACAGAUCCAGCAUCUCUUUCCAUGGAGAAAGGCUCAGCUGGUGCCCACGGACCUGGCACGGCUGCCAGAACCAGCCCAUCCCACAGGGAGGAUUUGGCCCAGGAUGUCUUAAUGUACCCAAAACCUCGGCUCACAGGUGCACAAGGAAAUCUCUGCUGCAGCCCCAGCUGCCUGUGGCCCCCCCAGGACCUUCCCCUGUCCCUCUGCUCCCCAGCCCUGCCAGCCUGGGCUGCUGGGGCUCAGCUGCACCCCUUCCCCAGCAAACCCCCAAAGUCAGCAAGGGGCUUUUGUUUUUUGCUGCUGACUUCAGUGAGAAAUGAAGUGGAGCCUGUGCAUGAAGGGAAGGAUAAAAGACAACAUUUGAGCUGUUCAUUCAGUCUUAACGGGAGAGAUUCCUGCUCACAGUGACACGAGCUUGCUUACCCCACCUAUAUGCAUCUUCUCGCCUCUAGGCAACUCAGGGGGACAAAUCAAACAAGUCUGUUCUGGUUUGAGGGGAAAAGAAACCCCAAACCACCAUUUCUGUGUACUUAAGUGGAAGUGGCAUCAUCCAUUAACUGCUACACUGACCUGUCUGUGUUUUACCAGCCAUAGAAAUGUGGGACAAUCUGUAAAAGGAAAAAAAAAAAAAAGA